AGUUUAUUUAUGUUUAAAUCAAAGUCAUUUGACCUGAAUAAUGAGGAAAAUUCGAAGCUGCCGGAACAUCUAUAUCAACCACGCAGAAUACGAUGGAUGAAGUACAUUAUAAUUCCAGUGGGAGUCUGUUUUGUUCUUCUUUUAAUUAUAUGCAAUAUAGACUUCUCGACUGAGCAAUCACAUACGAAUCGGAGCAAAUACUUACAAUCCGCCAAAUGGUGCACAACCAAUUGCAAGACAUUUCAAACAGGUCUAUAUUGCGUUAAAAAUGUGAACAAUUUAAAGAAUUGCAUUGAUAAUCUUCUCCUUCACAUUGAAAACUACAACUUUCCGGAGGGGAUUAUUACUAGUGACGUUUUUGCAGACGAAUACAGAUUGCAAAGUUUGGUUUUAAGCAAUUGUUCCUUGAUCUAUAUAGAAGAUGGUGCCUUUGAUCGAACCAACCUACGCAAUCUACAGGAUUUGGAACUUCUUAAUACCCAACUCAAAUAUAUAACUCGGAAAACAUUUCAAGGCCUGCAUAAACUCCGCAAUUUCUCCCUAUUUAACAACCGCAAAAUGAUCACAUUUGAAAGCUUUAUGACACCCAUCGCAAGCACAGUGCGUUCGGCAUCUAUUCAUCAGCAGUACAGUGGACAUUCAAUUUAUACACCGCUUGAUUUUUUUGGCACUGUAGUCUAUAAAAAUCUUAAGAGCUUGGAUCUUAGGGGAAAUAACUUUGGAAGUAUACUGGAAAUGAAUUGGUUUAAUAAUAUGCCUGUCCUGGAAUCAUUAAUCUUAGCAGAUUGCCGAUUUAACAGUAUCAAUUUGGAUAUAAAAGAUGAAACUGUUGGCAAGUUACGAUUUUUAGAUUUAAGCGGAAAUCGAUUACUAAAGAUUAGUUCAGAGUUUAUAGCGCAUUCAAUAGAAAAAGGCAUUCGAUUAAAUCUUUUAAAUCGCAAUACUAAGAUCAAAGAGUUUACUGUAAUGCCAUCGACAAUUUUAUCGAAGGAAAUUCGCGCUAUUGACUUUGAUAUUUCAGGUGAUACUGAUGCAACCGAUUCUAUUGAAUCGACAGUUACCACCACAACAACAAAAACAACAACAAGAAAGCCACCAAGACCUGGACCUACUCCGCCAAAGACUACACCCAAAACAACAGAGCCCACAACUUUGAAUACAACUGUCCCAUUAAAUAAUACAGAUAUUACCACUCCUUUAGAUGAGGAUUUCACAACUCAAUCCACAUUGAAUAAUACGGAAAUUACCACUCCUAUAAGUGAGAAUGUCACAAUUCCUUCCGAUCAAUCAGAUAUCAUCUGUCUCAAUGCUGCUAAAGACACAAUCUAUAACCUAUCGAUGGUCUGCAAUGCACGGUUUAGAAUUGUGCAACAAGUUGAGAGCGUACUGUACAUUACUGUAUCCCAAGUAACCUAUGACUAUUGGAAUAUGGUUUACUUCUCACAUAAUUCUUCAGUAAGUUACGUUCAUGCGGAAGACAUAGAUGUUGGAUUAAUGGGUAAUAUGACAGUGACAGUAAGGGACUUGAACUGUACCACAUCCUACGUAUUUUGCCUGAUGCAAGGGACUGAGAUCUCGCCAUUUAAUUGCCAAUCUUAUCACACAAUGAUGUGUGAUAAAACGAAAUCAUCCUGGUUCGAGGAUCACAGUGUAAUGAUCAUAAGCCUGGCAAUUGUCGGUAUUUUGUUGUUUGUAGUUAUAGGGGGACUCGCCAUGUAUGCCACCUUGUGGCAUCGUCCGACUUGGCUGUGUGGCAGCAAGCGAUUGCAACGCACGACACGUGACUCACUCACCAUGCUUCUCCUGCCGCCAAGCUAUCAGAAGGAAGCGUAUGCUGCAAUUAGAAGCAAAAAUGGCGAUGAUGCGAUUGGUGAUUAUGUGGCAUACUAUCGACAUUUGGAGCAGGCGAAACUUUAUGAAACAGAGUCCAAUAAAUACAAUAUUCCCCCUCAAGAAAGCGCUCCCCCCGUACCGAAUACCAACAGUCAUACAUAUGAAUGUUUUGAUUUAUACGAGGAACUUUCGUGAUCGUAAAUAAAUGAAAUUAC